AAUGAAUGAUUAGAAUGACACAAAUUAGGGUAUGAAAGAGUAAAAUAUCUAAGAAUUAAAGUAGGAUCAAUAAACGAAUUAAAGAAAAAAAUUUAUUAAAAAUGAAUAAACUUCAUUUGAUUAUAAUAAGGCUAUAUUAGUUUAAAUAAAAACUAUUUUUAAAGAAGCCUGGGAUAAAUUAAGAAAUUUUCAAUCAUUUGCGAAGGUCGAUUUAUAAGAAGAGGAUAUGGAGAAUAAAGAAGUUAUUAAUAAAAUGAUUGAGGAAAUUUUAGAAUAAAUUAAUUCUAUUCAAAAGAAGCUUACCGAAACUAUAUUUAAAAAUUCUUCUCUUUUUUAAAUUUAAAAUCCUCCAUAUGAGUAAAUUUAGCAUCAUUAGGUAGAAGGAUAACCAGAAAUUAUAAAAUAAUUAGAGCCUAAUAUAUAAGAAAAACAAGAAUAAAUAACUCCACAAUCUUUAGUUAAGGAUAAGGAUGAGAUGAAUAAAAAUGUUGGUAAGUUAAAUUCUUUACAGAAAAUUAAUAAGUAAGAGGUUUAUUAAACUUUAAAUGAAAAUUAGAAAUUCAAUCAUUCUCAAAUUUAAGGUUAUUAGUAGGAACAUUAUAAUUUAAUAUUGAAAUACCAGCUUUAAUAAAGCAUAAAAACCAAUAUCAAUUAAUAAUUUGAAUGUUUAUAGAAUAAGAGAAUCAAAAUAAAAGAUUUAACAAAUCUGUCUAAUAGAAAUUUGUUUGAAUUGUUACUCUCCUAAUAAUUAGAAAAAAUAUUUAAACUUAAAAUCAAAUAUAGGUAUAAAUUUGUAAAAAUAGCUUUUGUAAUUUUAAAUGCUUUGCAAAAAAAGAUGAUAGAAAAUUUGAUAAUAAAGAUCUAAAAUCUUAUUGUCCAAUUUGUGAAGAAUUUAUAGUAUUAUGAUUACUGA